AGAGAGGAUGAAACCUGGUCAGCGGGGAAAACGGGAGGAAAAUUGCAAGCCGGACGAGGAGAGGGAGGAUCGCUCGAUGGAGAGAACGAGAAAGAUUGGUUGAGAAGCCGGGAGCGACGAAGAGGAUCGAAGGGUUCCAGGCGAGGGGGGGGGGAAACGCGGAUGGCGAAAGAGAGUGGAAACAGCGUCGUGGAGGGAGACGGAGGGGAAGGUGGGUAAGCAGAGAAGGGAGGAAAGGCAGCUGCAAGCAGUCGGUGCAAGGAAGAGACCGUGCGAGGGUAGAGGAAGACGGGAGCAGUGUCAUGGUGGCAGGUCUGGCCUGCUGGCUGUCCGUCGACGGUCGACCUGCUCCCUGGCUUACCUGACAGCGCUCGCCUCUCGCCAGUGUUUCCAAAGCCGCGUACACCGAUGGAUCGUCUCGCGAUCCUCUCGUGAGCCCUUUGAGCUCGCCACGCUCGGAUGCCACCACGUCAUCCCCCUUUUCUUUACUCUACCGCAGCCCGAAGCUGAUCCGCAAACGAUCGUCGGAUAUCGGUGGCCCUGUGUCGCGGGAGUCGACAGUCCACCGAACCGUGCACGCAGAGAAACGGCUGAUUCCGAACCCGAACCAGCCGCACAGACGGCGAGCAAGAGGGAGGGAAGUGACACGUUGCGAUACGAUCGAUCCAACGGCGAAGUUACGCGCGUUCAUACAAACAGCCUCCUCGAGAACCGAUCGGGGAACAAUGUGCUCGUGACAGAGAACACCAGCUACCCUGGAAUAGCUGACGAUCUAGCUGACGAUCUAGCCGACGAUCUAGCUGACGAUCUUUCCAGUUGUUCGAUAGGGAACUCUCCUCGCUCUUCGCGGCCUCGUGGAGCACUGUUCGGGGGAAGAGGGCCACGCCGAAGAACACCAAGGACACAGUGAAAAAUACCAACGCACCGAGUAGGAAACGGAUAAAACGUGGGCGUUGAGUGAUUGUUGUCGGUGCUAGUUUCCAUCGAGAGUCAUGAGAGAUACCAACGAUAUGAUGGAGGACGCCCUGUCCGAGGUACGUAAUAGCUGAUAAAUCGGCCCGAGUUUCGUUUACCUCGUGCUCCCGGCUACCACGCUACAUGCCGGUGUCACCAGUCACCAUCGCCACUGGAACUCGUUCAACUCGCCGUAGCUAUUCUGCGGUGAAAGAGAAUCCUUCCUCGCCACGAGAACAUGACGUAUCCGUGCGCACGGCCUCACAGAUCCAGUGAUCCUCGGAUCGCUUACCUCGCGGUGGCCCCCUUGAUCCGUUUAAACACCCUCUGGAUACAAAUACCAAACUCUUUUUCGCCCAACCAGUUACAGUUUCAGAGUAUAACAUCGCUGUGGCUCAUUCCGAGGCUGGACUCUGUUUCUAAGGCGUACCUAGCGAAACAUGAAGAAUCUAGCAAACGUGAACUUAGAACGCUCUUCGAACAGACUCCGAUUACUCUAUGAGAUUACUCUAUAGUUUACUAGCCAAAGCCUCGUGAUCGUUCCAAUUAACUUUGUCACUGGAGCGCGGGUCACGUAGAAAUACGUAUUUAGUAGAUUUGUGAGAAGUGUUAAGAGAUCACGAAUCAGCGACGAAGAAUUUCUUAAUUAUUUUUCAUAAGUAAAUUAAGACCCAUGUAAGCUUGAGGUCCAAGCCAAUCGACUCGAUCUGUUUCACGAUCUGUUCAUGAAUACCAGUUUCCCUUGAUAGUUGUAUGUACUUUACCCACGAGCCAAAAUAAACGCGCGUUGUUGUCAGCUGUGAGGCGACAAUGUACCUGCAUCGUUCGUUACAACAACGAUCAUCGAGACGUUAUAAAGUUUCUCGUACGGGACGAAUAGAAAUUCCUGGAUCUAAGCUCGAAGAUGCUGUACCUCGUACGGUUAAUAAAAUCCAGAGCACCCGAUAUUAAGAGAGCCCCUCUUUUUUCGUCCAGGUUGUAUACUCGAAACCUCCAUGCAAAUGUAACGUUGCCUGUUUGUUCUCGGGUUUUACUUACGAGUGAAACUGUAGUAAACGCCCAGGGAAUACGGUACUCCGAGUACUGUAUCUGUACUGAGCCCGAAUCUCGUUUUACAAACGAUUUCGCAUCGAUGUCUCGCGUAAUACUCCGAAUCGCGAGGAUCACCGAAUGGCCCGGUUCAGGAGGAAUCGAGAGAUUACGGGACACUUGGCCUGGAGUGUCGACUCAACUCCGCGAUUUAGAAACCGUGCAGCGCACGGUGGCCCGUUUACGGAGGUCCCGUCGUGGAAACGGGCUCUGCCUUGCUCCGCGUCCUUUCCCAACUUUGUACUCCAGAUUCCACUGGGGACACUUGAAGCGUUAUUUGGAACUCGUUUGAGGUUGUAACGAUGAGCGAUCGUUUAUCCUUCGACAUCGAUCUUUGACAUGACGAUGAACUGUGGGGGUGACAGAGGAGGGUUGGAGGACCUCGUCGAUCUGGCAACCGACGUCGCGGAUUCAUCUCCGACAAUUCGAGAUGCCGCGGAGAGGUUACUGACGUUGUUGGGCAUGGAGGACGAGAACGAGGAGCUGUUGUCCUCCUCCGAGGAUGAGGGCGUGGAGCUGGACGAGAACGAGCUGGAGGACGACGAGGACGAGUUGGAGAACACCAGACUGCUGCACCAGCUGGCUGCCUCGCUGGCGGAGGAGCUCAAGCAGUCCCAUCAGUCUCAUCAGAAACAGAAUUCGGUCAGGCUUCUGGCGAGGAGUCCUUUCGAUAAAGACAGGAUGGAACUGGCCGAGGCUGAAAGUAGCUACACGGAACACGGUUGCCUUCAGGGACAGGAGGUCAAGGAAAGCCGUUACCGCGAGACGGAAAGGUGUCAGAGACAGGACGCGUCCCGUUCUUUCGCCAAGGAGCACGACUUCGUCGAGCUUUACGAGUGCUUGGAUCACCGUCUGAGAAUGGACUCGGACCCGGAGGACGUGGAUGCCCAUCGGGAGCAAGUCUCGCCGUCGUGGGGCGCCGGAUGGGACGCCUGCGCCGCGGAAGCUUUGAGAUACCUCGUGGAGGACGAAGGACUACCGCCUCAUCAUCCCACGGUCUUGGCCAUGAAGGACCAUCUGGAGACGCAGAGGGAACGAGCCUUUGCUCGGUACACGGCGUAAACGAAUCGUCGUUUAAUCGAGCGCGAUGGUAUUUUUUUAAGGAAGUCUGGUUGGCCAGCUUCUCCAGGGAUGCUCUCGGCGAUGGUGGAUUUAGAUCGACUUGAAAACGGGAGAUGACGUUUUCCGGUCGGGAUCGUGAUCGAAAUCGAGGAGCGAACAUGGACGAGGAUGCAAACAGCUACCAAGAACUAAACUUUUCGAGCCGAGGACAGGCUACGUGUUACGUUAACGCCGUUGUCGAUAGUUGCGGGGCUGAUAUGAGGCGUAUCGACGCUACUCAGGGCUGAAUCAACCCUUUGCGGCGACUUUUUCGGCCGGGCGAGGUAGCAGGUCGAGACGAUUUGCGCAAAUGUGUCGAGUGCCUUACAGGUAAAAUAAAAUGAUCUUAUUAAAUCUUGAAUAUCUCGCGUGUUCUUUUAUGAUAGGAAGAAAUGUUAGGGGAAAACAUCGUUUAGUUUCGAGAGAGCGAUAGACACGAUAGACAAAAUAAAAUUGUCAUUGGACUGUCUUUAACGCUUUCACUGCGGACGAAAAUAAGUAGCCGUUCCCUGGGAGUUGCAAUUAUGAUAUUUUUUUUAAUGACAAAAUUUCUUACAAAUGUUCUAAUAUGAUUAUUUUGAAAAACAUAUAUCUGUAGUAACUUAUUUUAUAUAUAAAAUUGGUUGGUUGUUAUUCAUUUUAUAAGGGUAAACACAGAAAGAAAAUUUUCCAAAAGUCUAACCACAACGCUAAACACGAAAGAACAGACCAACAUGAAUGCUUAAAUCGUGCUGACUGUCUAAAUACGGCUAAACCGACUAAAAAAACAAAGGACGCGCAUGUGCGUCAUCCGCACAUGGCAAGGGCUCAGUUGGAUGCACAUGUGCGUAAUCCGCAGCGAAAGUGCUAAAUGGUACGGGGUAUUUCAUUAUUUUCAUUAUCUUGUAGCUGAUAAAAAAAUAAGUUACUUAACCCUUAAAUGGACAAUGUUGUUUUUAAAUAACAUACUAAACAUCACAGAUAAAAUUGACCUUCUUUUAAUUUUUUGUUAAUUUUGACAACUAGUUUUUAUUUCUGAACGAAUUUUGUACUUUUUUUAAUGUUGGCACUAUCCAAUAUUUUUAUGCAUUGAAAAUAAGUUAAUGUCAAAUGUCACUUUGAAGAAAACUUUGAAAACGUGAAACAAAAAUCGUCCAUUUGAGGGUUAAAACGAGUCAUUCUUAUAAAAUCAAUGAGAUUUAUAGCUACGUUAUUUUUAACAAUACAAAAAUAUAUCUUAAGAAGAAUACAAUUUCUUUUCAAGAUCAUACUCUUCAAAAUUUUAAGGUCGUUGAAGUUCUUUCAAAUAGGACUACGUAUUCUUAUCAUCGCGAUGUAAUUGUCGAGAUCGGGACAAAUGCAACUCUAAAUUCAUGCUCUAACGCUGUGACCUUCACGUGACCUUGGAUACGAAUAAUUCAUAAAAGUUGAGCAAUUUGAUGCAAACAGUGAAAUAACGAUUACAGAAUGAUUAACGAAGCAAAAUUUAUUUAUCACGGUGAUAAAAGUACGUAGUUCUAUUAGAAAAAACGACCUUAAAGUUUUAAAGAGUAUGACCUUGAAAAGAACUCUUGUUUCCUAUCACGAUAUUUGUCCUUUCGAAUUAAACGUCUUCCUCUUGAGACAUAUCUCAGUGUUAUUGAAAGUAUCAUAGAUAUUUUAGUUACGAAUCUCAUUGAUUUUAUAAGAAUAACUCCUCGCAAGGUCAAUUUGUGGUCGACGUACUAUACAUGUUUGAAUUUGUCUCUUUUUUUAUCAGCUACAAGAUUACGAUAAUGAAAAUAUCGCAUGCAAUUUAAAAAAGGUCAAUAUAUAUUUAUAAGAAUAACUCCUCACAAUGUCAUUUGUGGUCGACGUACUAUAAAUGUUUGAAUUUGUUUUUAUAAGAAUAACUCCUCACAAGGUCGUUUGUGGUCGACAUAUUAUACAUAUUUGAAUUUGUCUUUUUUUUAUCAGCUACAAGAUUACGAUAAUGAAAAUAUCCCACGCCAUUUAAAAAAGGCCAAUGACCUUGAAAUCUCGGAAAAUAUAACCUUGAUAUCAUAUUUUUGUCUAUCAUAGUAUGUCCCCCUCCAAACCAAACAAUAUUUUCCACUGACAUUUCUUCCUAUCACAAAGAUAUUUAAGAUUAUAAGCGAGAUAUUUAAGAUUUAAGAGUUAGGUGGGACGCCCUAUGUACAAAUUAUUUUACAAAAACGUUCUAUUUUAAUAGUUCAUCUAUAUUCCAAGAAUAUAACUUUAAGAUUAUAACUUUGCAAAAUGAAAUUCAGUAUUUCACUUUGGUAUGAUAAUUCACGAAACAUCGACCACGAUGCAUUCUUGAGUUAUCUGGACGUGUAUCACAAUAAUAAGUUGUUUCGUGUCUUCCACCUGGUUUCUUUCGGCUAGAACAAAGUUUGCAAUCCUUCGUUGUUCCGGUAAGAAUCACAUGGAGCUUUCCAUUUAGCAGAAUUUCGUCGGAAUUCGAGGUCGAUCUUGAAGCUCGAUCGCGCUGCUGUCGAAAAUCUCCUUUUUGAACUGGUUUAUUAAAAUUUUUCGAAAUUGCAAAUGUUUCGGUUGGGAUGUAACGAAAAUCUAAUGCGAACACUGAUUAUCGCCUCUCACUCGCUGCUCGACCUGUCGCCCGAAACGCCGAGAAUCACUACUCGACCGCAAAGGGUUAAUACGCAGGGCUUAGGAGCAAUAGCGAAGGUGCCUGUGGCAAUUGAAGAUCCUCCAGAGAUAGGCAAAACUCUAUUCGUACGAUAAACGACGCGUAAAGUAUAGCAGCUUCUGUGCAUUCGAUAUCGAUACUCUCAGGUGGGAUUUCAAAAUCGUUCUUUAUUAUUUAUUUAUAUAGGCGUGAAUAGCGGCGAACGGUAUUAUCCCCACGACUACCUGUUGGAGUACUUUUCUGACACUCGAGAAGAAGUAUUUGUUGCACUUGUACGAAGGAUUUCGAUAGCGAAAUUUAGAGUCGAAGUUAGGCUUCGUUUCGUAAUAGAGGUCACUUUCAUAAUCACAGGGACAUUUAGCGUAGAUUACGGUAGCAUUCGAUAUUCACCGAGUAAUCUUUUCCUCUGGAUUCUGAAAACGGAUUCGAGUAUCGAUAAAAAGGAAUGGAAAUUCUUUGAACGAUGAAGAGAAUAUCUUUUAGAGAGAAAUGGAAAUUUAGUUUGAAAAGGUUCCAGCUUCCCUUCUGGAUCCUCAUUCCGAAGAAGAGAGAUUAGGAAUCUCUUACGUCUUGGUACUCGAGUGUCCCAUAUUCGCUCUUCAAUCGUCGUCGACUGGAACCAUCGCGAUUGUCCGCGCGAGCAAAAGUUCCUGUCGCGAUAAAGAGGCAUCCCUUUUCAUUGAGAUUAAAAUGCAUUCACCGUGUGUUUGUAAAGCAAACGACGCGCUUUCAUGCGUCCAGCCGUGAGACUGUGCUCGUCGAGUGGACUCGAACAUCUCCGUAAAUUUCUGGAGGACGUGGCUGUGCUUCGUUCCAAACGACUUUUCAGGCCGAGUUCUUUACUCGACCAAGCUAUUAGCGUGAGAAUGUCGCGCGACUGUGCUCGCGAUUACUUCGAAUCUCGAGAUCGAAAGUAAAUAACGACCCUUCGAUCGUGUCUUGUAUACUUUUUGUCAAGUUUCGCGAAUUUGGGAUUCGAAUUAAAACAAACCAUGCAACGAGAACCGUGGUUCCAGUUUCUCUUUCGCUAAUUCUUUUAGAUGUAGGAUAAGGUUACCUACGACAGAUUUAAAAAUACCAAGAAUUAUCUUUCUUCCGUUUUCGAGAAAUAAUAUCUUGAUCCUUUGGACUCGUUGGACUUGGAAAACUUUAUUAGUGACUACUAGACUGCGGAUUUUUAUGCAUUUAUAGGAAAUUUGAGUGUGCAAGAACCUACAAAAUGCAUACAAUAUACAAGAAUAUAAAAAAGAUCGAAAGUAAGGUUCAUGUUAUAAUAUUUUCAGAAUAAAGUAAGUUCCUAUUUAGGUUCAAUUUUUGUAGGCACGCUCACGAAGAUUUUAUGUAUUAGGUUGUCCUAAAAGUUUCUUCCAUUUCAGUAAUAAGUAAUACAUACAAAAUAUUUGGUGUCUAAUGUUACAUUAUUGAAUUGCGUACGAUUUAUUUUGCUCUAUUAUUGUUACAAUAUUAGCAUCUAAAAAAUUAAGUUGUCUAUUUAUAUGAACAGUGCCGCACAAAAUAACUGAAUGCAAGUCACGGAAGAAACUUUUGGGACAACCUAAUAUUUUGCAUAAAGAUCCGCAGUCUAGUGAUUACACAGGAUAAACUCAUGGGAGCGUAAAAUUUGUAAAAGUAUAUGAUUCCUUGAAGAUUUCUAUUCAAAUAUCACGAAAAAUCAAAUACAAAUAUGGUACGUGUAUGAAGAUAUAUAGGAUGUUCGGUAACUGGUGAUGCAAGCGAAAAAAGGGUGAGUCUACGUGAAAAAAUAAGUCUAAAAUAUAGAAUAAAAAUUUGUCAUGUAAGGCUUCGUUUUCGAGAAAAUCGACUUUGAAAUUUCGCUUUGACUUUUAUUUAUGAAGUUAUAUUACACCUUUGCGCUCGAAUGGCGCCUCUAGGACGACAUGUGUAAUUCGAAAGUGACUUUUUGAACGUACAAUAUCAAUUUUACUUAUUUCAGAAUAGAACUAAUUAUUAAUUGAAAUAAUAAUACAUCGAGUCACGAAUGUUCGUAGAUGUUUCUUUUCAAAGUAGAGUUUUUGGUUUCACAGAAAUUUAUUAUAAAAAUGGACUAGAUUUGAUUCUAUAGAAGAAUCCUUUGAGCGCAAAGGGUUAAAUCAAUUGUGUAUUCUGAAUUGUAGCCUUUCAUACAUUAAAACAAUCGAAUACGUUAGAAAACGAUCGUGGAAAUUUAAUUAGAAGAGCAGAAGUAUAUAUUCGCCAGAAGUGGCAACAUUUUACGAUAAAAAUAAACUUGAACUGCGACAAUAAUCUUCGAGCUAACGAUCUACAGUGGGAUUCGUUAUAACGAGAUAUGAUCAAGUGCACCCGUACCCGGCGAAAAUUCAAAGUCGAUUUUCUCGAAAACAAAGCCUCGCGUGACAAACUUUUAUUCUAUAUUUUCGACUUAUUUUUUCAUGUAGAAUCGCCCACCUUUCGCUUGUACCAUCAGUUACCGAACACCCUGUAUAUAACAAAUAUGAGCUUGUGUAACAUGGAAAAAGAAUGUGUGAAUCGUCUACACGUUAAAAAAGCGACAAAAAGCAUUUGUAUAAGAAAGUAAGAUGUGGGAACAUAUUUUGUAUGGCAUGGUGCAAUUUGUGAUGAUAAACAAGGAAGGCUAAGAUUGCACCUUAAAAGAUAGAAACUAUCAAUGCACAUGUAUGACUGUUUCACACAUUAUCACAUACAAAAAUAGUAUGAAAUUUUGAUUUUUGACAUAAAUAUGUUCCUCAAUGUCUAAAAAUUCAUAUAAGCUCAAGUUUCAUUGCAGUAAAUUACAUGUCUUAUAGGUUGCAUUACGUAAUACGACAUGAUUCCUGUUUGCACAUUCUGUAAAGAAAUGGCUCCGAGUGCAAAGGGUUGUAUGCAUAAAUUUUAAUCAAUUUUUUACUUUUUCAAAAUGGUUACGCUCUCAUCAACCGCUCAAAUGGAUACUUGGACUCCCAGCGAAGAAUAUCGACGCGUUGCAAUGGUUUUGGGAAACAUUAAUUCGUUUAAAAAAUUGCCAAACAGCGACGCAGUGCUAGAUUGUCGCAAAUUUAAUAAAUUUGCGAGUCAAACGUUCGUAUAAAAUACUCAACGGUCAAAGGAUUGAAAUUCACUUUCGAUCGAGCUUUCAGUGACGAAACAAUCACUCAUUUUAUACUUAGAUCGUUUCAUAUUCGCGAAAAUAGUUCAUUGGCGUUCCAUCAACUAAAGCUUUACGGUUCGAUGGGUCUUCGGGCUCCUGCGUCGAAGGAGCCUCGGUGAACGUAAACCAGAGACGGGUAAAAUACUUGUUUAGAUAAAAGAUUUGAAUAACGAAUAAAAGAUGAAUAACUUUUUAUCCUUUCGUUGUUGAAUAAUAUUUACAAUCCGAAUGAUAAAACGAAGUUAUAUUUCACGUUGAACGAGUGAAAGUUUAAAAUCCGUACAAUCGUUCCAUGGAAUAAACGUGGUGAGUGAAUCGCUGUGCGUUCUUCUUAUUCGUCGCCGUAUCGUUUAAACAAAAUUUUUCGCCCACCUCUGGAACACAAACGCAGACUGAACUUAACUUUCAAUGACGGAUACGGUUUCACGCAUUUGCGUUCAAUCAGCCGAUCAGCGUACUCGUUUAAUUCGCUCGCGAAACGAGCCUUUCCUCUCGAUCAUUUCUCUUUAGUCUAUUUCUAGCGCAAUUUUGUGUCUUGUUUAUGUAUCCUCGUUAGCGAUAUUAUAAUCGUCGUCGCUACCCUCGUUAGCAUUAUCGUUCUUAUUAUCGUUAUUUAUUUUAACUCUUAUCGUCUUAGGCUAAAGGACUCGCGAAGAUUCUCGCAAGCUUUCGAUCCAUUGGACGUUAGAUUCACCUCCGAGGUUAACAAACGACAGCCAAUAAACGAUGUCGAUGCGAAAGGUUCAUGCGCUGGAUCGAUAUGAACGGAAAAGUGUAUUCUUUGAUCAAUCUCGAGAUGUCCUAUCGAAGAGAUCAGUUUCUCUUUACCGAUAGACGAGAGAGAGAGAGACUCUGAUUUUUAUCCUGGGGCUGACAUUCGAAUUCUCUUCGUUAACUACGAGGAUUUAAUUAUAAACCAUUCAAUUAUAAACCGGAAUUUUCCUACACAACUUUAGUGGUGAUAGAUACAAAUACAAACGCAGUGCCUUCUUUUGCUACGUACUUUUCUUCAAUAGAAUACAUUUUCUGCGUCAGAUAGGAAGCUUUCUAGUUCCCUUAGAAACAAAGCAGUUAGCUGCUCCAGUAACCAAUUGUACAAGUACAGUUGAACCGCUGCGGCACGUUGUGUCGUUUUCAUAGUAAAUCUUUCUCGUCUUAAUACCUUCUUCAGUGUAUUGUGCAUAUGGUAGUCACAUGGAAUCAGGUUUGCAUUAUAAGGUGGUUAUUCGAGAAGUUUUCAGUGUAUUUUAGUGAGUUUUUCACGAGUUAAAGCUGCUACAUGCGUUGUCAUCUGGAAGAAGGACACCGCGAAUCAAUUAUCGGCGUCGUUUAUUGCGAUAAACAGUCUUCGCAUCAUCCACGAGCGGGAAGUAGCAGUCACUGUUCACCAUGUAAGUAGUCAAUCAACAAUACACCUUUUGAAUCCCAAAACACAGUUGCUAGAACUUUCCUGGUUGAUAGUCGAGUCUUGGCCUUGAUCAGUGCCCCCUCUGUAACUUUCCACCACACAAUACUCAUUUUAUUGUUUUCUGAGGUAUACAGGGUGCCCAAAAAAUAUUGGAAUUCCUUGAAAGGAGAGGUCUGGGGGGUGAUUUGAAAUAACAUUUUCCUUAGCGAAACCCCCGAACCACCCCUUUCAAGGAACUCCAACAUUUUUGGGACAACCUGUAGCGAUGGACCCAUAUUUUGUUACAAGUUACGAUAUGGUUCAAAAAAGCCUCCCUUUCUCCUUCAAAGCGAUUCACAAUUUUAACUGUACGUGCGCAAUUGAGGCAGUUAAAUUCUUCUUUCUAUGAUUGGAUCAGAAAGCUUUCUAUCUGAUGGAGAAAAUGUAUUUCUGUUGAAGGAACCUACGUAGAAAAAUAUGGCAAUCCAUUUGUAUUUUUAUCUAUCCUCAAUAAAGCUGUGUAAAAAAAAUCCGAUUUAUACUCGACCGAUCCUCGUACUUGGAUUAACGAAGGGUUCGGUAAUAAUCGAAUACAGAAAUAUUCGACGAGUAGACACAGCCCUAUCUUUCGUUGGAUUUGUUCAAUUUGAAAAAGGGUAAUUUAAAUCGUGUGCUUUUGACGGAAGCGAUCGGAACUGUUUUGGAUGUAUUUCCGAGCGACUGGAGUUUUCAAAUUCAUUCUAAGAGACGUGUUCAUUCGAUCUGUAGUUAGUCGGAAAGCGUGGAGCCGUUUGAAAACGUUAAAAUCGGAAUUACACAAUCCUAGGAGAAAUGCGUAGGUUAUUUUAUCAUAAGUGUGCGAGAUCUCGUUAUAUAAUCGCGGAAUUAAAAAGAAUUUCUUACCAAGGAACAUCGCUCAAAUGUAGUUCGCUGAUUUCGAUAAAGUUUUAAAGUUGAAUAGAGCAAUGAAAUAUAGUAGUAAUCUCUUUAUUUCAUUAUCAUCUCGUUAUAGAAAGUGUUAGCGCCUUUUGUUCACGCGAUACAUUCAAUUACGUUAACUUUAUUCUAGUUGGAAACGUGUAUCUUAAAUUCUCCUUGCUCAUUAAUUACUUAACAAUUGGUCUUCUUAUUCCUACUGCACAGUCUUUGUCAACAAAUCUUAAAUUUCUAAUUUCGGGGCAUAACUAAUUGUCUAAUUUGUUUUUUAUUUCCAACAUUCCAAGAGGGAAAAAACUCAGCUUACGUUUGCAAAGGAAACACCUUCCUACUUACAUUUCU